GUCCCUGGCAGUCAAAAUGAAGGCUGUGCUAGCCACCUGCUACGCGCUCUGUCUCCUGGCCUGGGCCACCGCAGAUGCGGUGGCCGAGGGAGCUAGCCCCGUGGUGGGCCCCGAAGAUGAGGCUCUUCUCCAGCUGAAGCUGCAGCCCGAGGGGGGCGACCUCUUCCCACCCUGCGGAUGUGGACCCGCGACGGAGGAAGGGGUAGGCCCCAGCACCUCCAACGACACCCCGGCCCCUGAGAGAGUCUGCCAGCCCUGCAACGCUGGCCCUGCCCUGGGCUCGAUCCCUGUGGAGGAGGGUGAGGAGGAGGUGGUGGAGGAGGAAGAGGAGGCCAACUCUGCCGAGGAAGAAGCUGCGGCGGCACCAGAAGAAGAUGUGAGUGAGGAAGAGGAGGAAGAGGCAGAGGAGGCAACGGCUGACGAUGAUGUUGAGGCUGAACCUGCUGCUGAGGAGGAAGAGGCUGUCGCUGAAGAAGAAGAAUCAGUUGAGGAGUCUGAGGAACUGACAGAAGACGUUGCUGAAGUUGAGGAGACUUCUGAGGAAGAGGAAGAUGAAGAGAUGGCUGCUGAUGAGGACAACUCUGCAGAGGAAGUAGAGGGCAGCGAUGAGGACGAGUCUGCAGAGUCCAUGGAAGAGUCUGAAGAGGAAUCCGAAGAAGCAGAAGAAGAGGAGGAGGAGGAGGAGGAGGCGGAGGAGGAGGUGGAAGUAGCAGAGCCUGAGGUCGCCUCGGAGGAGGAAGAGGAGGAGGAGGCAGAGGAGGAGGAGGAGGCAGCUGUGGAGGAGCCCGAGGUCGCUGCUGAAGAAGCUGAAGACACUGCCGAGGCUGUUGAAGAAGCUGAGGCGGAGGAACCAAUUCCAGAACCUGAGGAGGCCACAGAAGUCGAAGCUGAAGCUGAAGCAGAAGCAGAGGUAGGGGAGGCAGCACCAGAAGCAGAAGAGGUCGAAGAACCAGGAACAACCACAGAGGUGGAAGCUGAAGCGGAACCUGAGACAGAGGAAGUCGUCGAGGAGACAGCUCCAGAACCAGAGCCAGUUGUAGAAGCGGAAGAGGUAGAACCAGUUGUUGAGGAAGCGGAACCAGUAGCAACAGAGGAGGUAGAACCAGAACUUGAGGCAGUGGUAGAAGAACCAGAAGCAGAAGCAGAGGCAGUAGCAGCUGCUGAGCCAGAGCCAGAACCAGUUGUAGAGGAAGCUGUAGCUGUUGAGGAACCAGUAGUAGAGGAAACCGAGGCAGUUGCAGAAGAAGAACUUGCACCAGAAGCUGCUCCUGUGGCGGAGGAGGCACCAGCUGAGGAGUCUGUGGUAGAGGAGGUGGUAGAGGAGGCAGUGGUAGAAGAGGCAGUGGUAGAAGAUGUAGUAGAGGAGGUGGUGGUGGAGGAGGAACCAGCUGCUCCAGUGGUGGUGGAGGAGGUGCCAGUUGCUGCUGCCCCCACUGUCGAGGAGGUGAAACCAGUUGCGAAGCCAGCAGGCAAGCCGAAAGCCAAAUCCAAGGCCUCGGCCGCACCAGUGCCCCCUAGGGACAGGUCUCACAUCGAUGAAACGCUGCGCCAUAGCUCUCAACCCUCUGAGGAUUACACCGCUACCAUAAAGAAGCUGCAGGCCAUCUACCACUCUGCCAUCAAACCCAUGGAGCAGGCCUACAGAUACAGCGAGCUCAGGUCGCACGAGGUUUCAGAUGCAGAGAUCGCUGCCAAGCCCCUGAUGCUGUUCCUGGGGCCCUGGAGCGUGGGCAAGUCCUCCAUGAUCAACUACCUGCUGGGUCUGGAGGACACCUCUCAGCAGCUCUACACAGGCGCCGAGCCCACCACCUCAGAGUACACGGUGGUGAUGCACGGCGAGAAGCUGCGCACGGUGGAGGGCAUCGUGAUGGCGGCGGACAGCUCGCGCUCCUUCACGCCGCUGGAGAAGUUCGGCCAGGGCUUCCUGGAGCGCCUGGUGGGCAUCGAGAUGCCACACAAGCUGCUGGAGCGCGUCACCUUCGUCGACACGCCUGGCGUCAUCGAGAAUCGCAAACAACAGGAGAGAGGCUACCCCUACAACGACGUGUGCCAGUGGUUCAUCGACCGGGCCGACCUGAUCUUCCUGGUGUUCGACCCCACCAAGCUGGACGUGGGUGGAGAGCUGGAGAUGCUCUUCCGGCAGAUGAAGGGCCGCGAGUCCCAGAUCCGCCUCAUCCUCAACAAGGCCGACAGCCUGUCCACCCAGGACCUGAUGCGCGUCUACGGGGCCCUCUUCUGGAGCAUGGCCCCCCUGAUCAACGUCACGGAGCCGCCCAGGGUGUACGUCAGCUCCUUCUGGGGUCAGGAUUACGCCGCGGAGAGCAGUCAGCAGCUGUUCCGCCGUGAGGAGGUGUCCCUCAUGGAGGAUCUUAACCAGGUGAUCGAGAACCAGCUGGAGAACAAGAUCGCCUUUGUGCGCCAGCACGCCAUCCGGGUGCGCGUGCACGCCCUGCUGGUGGACCGCUACCUGCAGGCCUACUACGACAAGCUGGGCUGGUUCAGUGACCCGCACGAGGUCUUCGGCGACAUCGUCUCGGACCCGGACCGCUACUUCAUCUACAAGGCCGUGCUGGCCAAGUCGGCCAACGUCAGCAAGUUCGACCUGCCCGACCCCGAGCUCUACCGGGACUUCUUCGGCGUCAACCCGCCGGGCGAGUUCAAGCAGCUGGCGCAGCACUGCAGCUGGAUGGGCGGCUGCCUGCUGGAGAAGAUCGAGGCGGCCAUCACCGACGAGCUGCCGGCCCUGCUGAAGAGCGUGUCCGACAAGAGGGAGGAGAAGGGAGGAGCGGCGCCCCCUGCAGCUGCGGCUGCUGCGGCGGCUGCGGCACGAGAAGACACAGACAAGCCCAAGAACCGCUGGCGAAAGCACUGAGAGGAAGAUGUGGAGGAUGGCUGGGUGGGUGGAUGGAUGCAUGAACGGAUGAGGGGAUGAGUGAAUGGAUGGAUGGAUGGAUAGAUGAAUUGAUGAAUGGAUGGAUGGAUGUAGAAAAAAGACAAGAAAGAUCACUAAAAAAAGAGGCAUUCUCUUAUUGUGGACUGAUAUGGUAUUGCACCAAACAAAUGUACGGAUAAAUACAUGAAUGAAUGAACGAAUGAAUGAAUGAAUGAAUGAAUGAAUGAAUGAAUGAAUGAACGAACGAACGAACGAACGAACGAACGAACGAACGAACGAACGAACGAACGAACGAACGAACGAACGAACGAACGAACGAACGAAUGUGUACAAUGCAUAGGUGAGCUCAUGUAAAGAUGCUGCCAUGGAAGAGUCUGUGCUCUGUUUGAUCCAGCUGAUGAGUCAGUAUUUCAACAGGGGAUGAGGGUAGGCCUGUAAAGCUACAGUGAUGGACAACCUGGAUUAAAAAGCUACACUCUCGAAACAGGCUAUUCAGCAUCUCGUGCCAUAUUAUUUAUAGGCUUAAAGUCUUCUGUCAUUGUAUUUCCGAUCACCAGGGUCUACCCACGUAUGUACAGGUUUCAGUGGCUGAAAGGUCAUUAGGAAAGGCUAUUAUGGCCUACUAUCUUAUCCAAACUGAAAUGUAAACAUAUCCUGACUGGGAGUUAGAUCAAAAUUAUUCAAAAAAAAAAAGAAAUGUAUCAAAAGUAUCAAUAAGUGUAAUAUAUUUAUGUAAUUUUGAACCAAUUUAGCUAAUCAGGUAGGCUACAUACAAUAGACAGUUCCGAAAUUCCUUGUUUUUUGUUUUAUCGUUAUGAUACAGUAAGUAUAGUGUCCCUUUAAUCUAUAACUGAUGACUGGACAUCUACUCUAAAAGGCCACUUCAAUUCACGUCAUCUUAAAUGUAUAAUAUCUCCAAAUGUGUAAUGUCCCACCUGUGUUAUACUAUGUCUUACAUGGUGAAACUGAAGACAAGUUCCCACACUUGUGGACAACAAAGAUUCAUUCGUUCAUUUUAGCCAAUGGCCUCACUUCUAAAUCCAGGUUUCCUUGCACUGUAAAGCGUCAUGGUGUAAAGCUAUUGUCUUUUAGUGGCCCAGUAGAAAUGUUGGCGCUAAAAUCACGGCAUAAAAAGGGACUAUCAACAAUUUUUAAAAAUCCACUGUGUUGUGUGCUAACAAUCGUGAGAAAGCAUUUUUUCCUGGUUUUUGUUUUUUUGUUUGGAUAUUUCUCUUCUAUUUAUUUCCUGUGUUAACGGUUAGUCGUGACAUGUUCACAGCUGAUGCACUGGUCUAAACAUUUCAGGACAUUCUUCCUAAAACCGUUUUCUUCAACAGCUGUCUUGUGAAUACACGUUUGUACUGGUUCUUUUUUUUUGGGAGUAGGAACCCCCGUGGUUCUGCAUGGUGUCAGCUAUUUUGUGUCAUUAAAGUGAUUAUAUUUCCUUUU